UCAAUUAUAUUACUAUUAUUCUUUUUAGUUUCAUUUUGUUCAUUUUUGCUGCAGUUAACAUGUUAAUUAAAAUACUCAUUAUUAGUUUUAUACUAUCUCUAAAUUUGAAUAAUUUCGUGUUAAGUAAAAGUCAACUCAACUGCUACUAUUCUAAGUAUAUGCUUUAUUAUUUAGAAACAAAAUUAAUUUAUUUUGAGAAAAUUGCAUCGAAAAAUCCAACUCCUGUUAGUAUAAUUGAAGAAUUUGAAAACGAAAUAAAAUCUUUGGGAGAAGUUGUUUUAACUUUGUUGGAAAAUAUAUAUUAUGAAAAUGAAAGCUCAAAUAAUUUUAAUAAUCCGUAUUCCUUUGCAACUGGUUUGCUUACAUUAAAUUUAUAUUUAAAUAAUAUAUGUAAAACUUUAAGAAUCCAGACAUAUCUUUAUUUGACAAAGGGAGAAAAAAAAUUAACAGGGUACAAAAUUUUUAUAAAUGAAUUUGAUAAAUAUUGCGGUUAUAUAAUUAAUUGUCUGAAACACAGUAUAAUAUUUGAAUGUUACAAUGGUAAUUAUAAUCCACAAACUUUCUGUUAUGAUAGUUAUUAUGAUAACAAACAUCCAAAAUAUGAUUAUUUAAUUAAAUUAUUACCAAAAGAAUCAGAUUACAAUAAAAAACAUAUUGUCAAUAGUAAAUUGGAAAAAUUGGAAACGUUGAAAAAAUUGGAUGAAGCCCAUGUUGAGUUUAAACGUGUAAUAAUGGAAAAACCACAACGAAAUUCCCAUACAGUAGACAAAAUAAAAAAACAAUUACAUCCGAGUAGUAUUUUGCUAUCAGGCUUAUUUCAAGAUAAAAGACCCACUAAUGGGAUAGAUCAAUUAACUGGUAGUUCAGACCCUAUGGAUUUAUUUCGAAGGAUAUACUUAAAUGUAAAAUUAAAAAAUGGAAAUUACGCAAACAUUACAACAUUAUUUGAGAUGAUGCAGCGCUAUUUUGUCCCAAGUUGUAUUUUUUCGUAUCAGCAACAAAUUCUAGCAGCGACAAUUCACCCUGUGUACUCUUUAAUAGGCACAUUAGCUAAUUUACUGAAAAAGGUAUAUUUUAGUGAAGCUGAGGGUUUCAGUGAAAUUGAAACUAGAUCUAAAGUAUUUGAAUCCCAAUUAAAUGUUAUAAACGAAUCAAUUAAUGUAGUCAUUGAAAAUUUAGUAGAUUUGAAAAUAUUUCCUGUAAAUUUGCAAAUUCACUUAGAAGCCACUUUAAUGCAUUUUAAAAACAUUUCGAAGUGUAUUUGUUCAGAUAAUGUUGGUAAUCUAAAACUCAGAUGGAUUGAUCAACUUUAUUACAGAUGUGUUAGAGCAAUGUCAUUUAAUUUAUUGUAUUUUGAUGUUACAGUGAAAAAUAUUCAAUUUUAUAAUAAAGAUGAAUGCAAUGAAGUAAUAAUACGACUAAACAAUAAAAUCAAAGAAGUCCAAUCAUAUGUACAAAAUUUAAGUUAUUAUAAAGAAGACUAUCACAAUAUUAUUCAUUAUACGGCAGUGUUUUCCAGAUCAUGUGGGAUUAAUAAUUUUCUAGAUUGCAAUAUAAUAGAAAAAAAUAAUUCAGGUUAUUGUUUGAUGAAAAAUAAUUAAGAAUUUUUUUUAUAUGAUAAAAUAAACAAAUAAUUUAAUUAAAUAAUUAAAACUAUGGUUUCAUUGUCGAUAUAAGAAAUGCAUAAAUAUAAUACCGAAAAAUUUGUUUUGAAUUAAUUCAUAAAUAAAUCAACAUUUAUUACUAAUUUUACUUGU